UUCUAUUACAAAUAAUUACUUGUUUGUUGCUAAAAAUGGAAGCAGCAUAUACAUCUGCAUCUGUUGUUAACAUCAUUGUUGCAGAAGAGGAAGAAGAAGAAGAAUAUAAGGUAGCAUGCUCAGCCGUGGAUCAGAUGCCUCCGGGCUUCAGAUUCCAUCCCACCGACGCGGAGAUUGUAACUCACUAUCUUCUCAACAAGGUUAUUCACAGACGAUUCAGAGCUGUAGCUAUCAACGAGAUUGAUCUCAACAAGUGUGAACCUUGGGAUUUACCUAAUAAGGCGGCAAAGACGGGAGAAAAUGAGUGGUUCUUCUUUUUCGAGAAGGAAACGAAGUAUCCAUCAGGUACGAGAACGAAUAGAGCAACAGCGUCGGGAUACUGGAAGGCGACCGGGAAAGACAGAGAGAUACGCAAUGCAAAGAAAAAGCUUGUUGGGAUGAAAAAAACACUUGUAUUCUACAAAGGUAGGGCUCCUAAAGGCCACAAAACCAAUUGGGUCAUUCAUGAAUACAGACUCCAUGGAGACUUCUCCGCCUACAAUAUCUCCCAUCAUGCCAAGGAAAAAUGGGUUGUUUGCAGGGUUUUCCACAAGAAAGAUGAAGCAAACACUCCACUCGACUCGUUUGUUGAUCGUUAUCUCAUUGACAGCUCUACACGGUUGCCACAAUUGACAGACGACUAUUCCUAUCGAAAACCUAGUUCAAGCUCUGCGAGUGAUGAAAUCAUAUCGAGCAAGAAUAAGAGCAACUUGUUGGUUCCUCAUCCAAAUAUAGAUACCUACGGCUACAACCAAUAUUAUAACAUCUGUUCAGCGCCAUCUCUUGAUUUCCAGCAUCAGUCGUUGUGGUGUCUCGCCAACUUUCCUGUGAAAAUAGGUGACCAUGAGUAUGAUGAUAAGCCUAAUUCAGCAACUCAUGUUUAUAUAGGUGGGAAGGAGCCUGAGAGAAUGUGUAAAAUGGAGCCGGAUUCAUUCAAUAACUCUGCUAUCAGCCAUUCACGAGACACUGGGCUCACCAUUCUGGAGAAAGAGAGUGAGAGCAACAUGGACUAUGAGGGUCUGUGUUUCAGCCCCGAUAUGGAUUCUUUGUGGAGUUACUCAUGAAUAUUUAUCGUUGAUUUACAUAUAUAUUAGAUUACUAUAGUAUUUAUUUGGUGGUUUCUGUAUAUGGGAGUUAUUGAUUGUAUUCGUUUGCCCUAUGUCUUAUGAUUUAGUUUUGUUGUUUGAUGAUGCAUGAGAUUGUUUCAUGCUUGUACUAAACACUUGUAACUUCACUCCUUUAAUAUCUACUCAUUUAGUUUAGGUAUUUGUUUGCUCAUUUAGUAGUAUAAUUUCUAGAAUUGUAAGU